AUGUGUGAAAACACCGGAAAAUCUCGCUGCAAAAAGCUCUUCCAAGAGAUGCGAAAGCGAAGACAGUUCAUCAAAUUAGUGGACAAACUCAAAACUCUCCUGAUCAGCGUGAUUUUCACUGGAUUUCUCUAUCAAACUCUGCUUUAUCGCUUUAAUCCGCCUUUCUUGGUGGUAUUCCUCCUAUUUUUCCUCGCGUUUUUCACUGCUCUUCGCUGGCAAUUCCUCAAAUGUUUCAUGAUUCUCCUCAUCCCGAUGCUGGUGACCAAGAGAGGAAGAUCUGCGAUUGUGGGCUACAUUUUCGUGCUCACUCUCUCGGGAUCCGUUGCGAAUAUCAUGCGGAAUGUCGAGGAAACCGUGGCGUGUUUGUCCUGCUCUCAGGAGCAUCUCAAGGAAUUGCUUCAGGGAAUAAUCAGAGGACUCAAGCGGCCUUUUGGCGACAUCAAGCAACUGAUCUCGAGGAUUCAAGACCACAUUUUGGUGGCCAUGAAGGAGAUUGAGGAUCGCUUGAAUGUAUUUGUGAUCUUUCUCUUAGUUCCGUCCAUUCGGAAGGCUUUUGCGUGGCUGGAGGAUGUCUCGAAGCUCUGCCAGAGAAGUUACGGAUCUCCGUUCAAAAUGUGCGUGGAUGCGCUUAACAGGAUGAUUGCGAAGUGCGAAGAAGACUUGGGAAGUGCUUCUGUUCUCUGCAGUCUUCAUUAUCUCAUGCAACCGCUCUGCAUUCCAAUGGAAGUGUUCAAAUUCAUGUGCAUCGGAAUAAAAUACAUCGGAGAAUCUGCCCUCAAUGCCAUUGAAGAGAUGGCUGAAACUUUCAGUGAAAUGAUCAAGAAAAUGUUCCAUUUCAACUUGGAAUUCGACUCUGACUUUGACUUUGAAACUACUGCAUCGAGAAAUUGGACUGAAAUCAGGCAAUCCAUCUCGAAGGAGUUCAGGAAGAAGACAGAAAUAUUCGCGUCCUUUGUCGGCUUCAUGGAAAUCCUGUCGCUGAUCUUCAUUAUUUGGCUGUUCUACAAAGUCUUCAGAUACCAGGUGCAGUAUCUCAAGCGCGAUGACUACAGGAAUUGCUACAUCACUCGCGAGUUCCUUGACAUUGAAGCCAAAAGCGAAGAACAAGGACGAAAGCUUGUCUUGCCUCUGCGCGGUGAAGAAGAGGAUCGUUACACCGAAAUGCGCACUUUCUGGCUCAUCCGAUAUGAAAGAAGGAAGCUCUUUCGCUCCUUUCCCUUCCUGCUGCUCUCCAACAUUCAGAUCUUCACAAUUCUCUUCACGGACUUCAGUCUGCACUGGAUUCUCGCAGUUAUUCGCGACUACGAGGAAGCUCAUCUCACGCCAAUGACUUCUGGCUACACGAUCAUCGAAGUCAACGGAACUGGGCCGCUGGCAGAGAUGUACAGAGGCGUGGUUGGGGAAUUCGAGCCAAUGCUCAAAGGGUACACGACAGACUUCAGGGAUUGCCUGCCGAAUCCCAGUCCUCCGGAUCUUCAGAGAUUUCGCACAAUCAUCAUCCUCACAGUCAUUUGCUGGGCCUUUCUGCUCCUGGAACCCUUCAGUUUGCGCAUCCAGCAACUCGUGAUGGACUCUUUUCACCCCGAGAGAGCGCGCAAGAGGUCAGCUUGGCUGCACGCUGAAAUCCUGCGGCAACGGAAGAGCUUCCUGACCAUCGCAGCGCAGAAGAUACUUCACACGGUCAAAGGAGAGGAGAAUGAGGACAGUGUGUUCAGGUAACUAAUUAUUUAUCAGCCAACAAUCUAUUUACAAGCCU